AUGGACACAGGUGAUUCAACAAAUCAGAGGCGAAGUCUAUUGAGAAGCAAAUCAUCCAAAUUAAAAAUCGAUGAUGUAUUUCAUUUUUUAAUAGAAGCAAAAGAAAAAGAAAUAAUUUUAUUUCAGGUGCCGGAAAAUGAUCUACAAUCAUCAUCAGAAAAAAAGAAAAUAAAACAAGCACCGGCAAUAUCAUCUACAAAAAGGAAUCAUCGAAAAACUACUAAUUAUACAAAACGAAAAAGCAAUCAAUCAAAAACAAGCGAUGACAGUGGAAAAACACAAAUGCAUACAGGAUUGAAUGGGAACUAUUGGAAUAUUACUCCAGGUAAUCGUCAUAUUAAUCAACUUACAUUCAAUCAAAGUCAUCACGAUCGAGAUGAUGAUUCGUUAUCGAAAUCGGAAAGUGUAACUCAUAGGAAAAACCAAAAACGAUUAGUUUCAACCUCUUUAUCAUCAUCAUCAUCAUCAUCAUCAUCAUCUAUUUCUUCAAUUGAUCUUCAGACGACACGUCUUUAUUCAAAUAAAACUUUUAUAACAUGUCGAAGCCCUGUUGACUCAUUUUUUCUCUGUCAAGUUCUUCAAGAUGUGCACCAUCAUACAAAACAAAUUCGUAUUCGAUGGUGUUCAUUAGUUGAUGGCGAUGAAAAUGAAACUGAAAUUGAUGAAAAUACACGUUUCAAACUUGAUUAUGAAGAUAAACUUGAUCCACAUACAAUUCUUACUGAAAUUUCACAUGUUAUUCGUCAUGCUGAUAAAACUAUAUCAUUAACAAAACAAGAUAUUAUCGAAACAAAUAUGUUAUUGAAGAAAUCAAUCAAAGGUGAAUCGAUGGAUAUAACGAGAGAUAAUAAUCGAAAACAACCGACAAGAAAACGAAGAAAAAUCACCAGUGAUGAAGCUGCUCCUGUACGAAAACGACGACGAACCAAAGAUAUUGAUGAAGUGGCCGAAGGAGAAAAAAAAGUAGUUAAACAAAAGCCAGCAUCAAAGAAAACAAGUUUGUCUGAUUCUAAAUCUUUUACCGGAUGUUCAAUGUCAUAUUUUUCAGCAGGAAAACCUGUCACCAUAUCAAAAGCACAAUUAUUCAAAGUACAGAGUAAUCGUUUUCUUAAGGAAAAUCUCAUCGUAACGGUAUACCAAACUGACCCAUUUUUCGAAGACAAUUUACCUGUUCCAUUUAUAUCAUCUAGUAUCCAAAGUAAAUUAGCCAUACGUGCGGUACUAUUAAAUGAUCCAAUACUAUUAAAAAGUCUUAUUGAUGAUGUUGGUCGUGUUUGCUCGGUUCAUAUGAGACGUGAUUUUUCAAAAAGUUUAUCAGCUAUUCAUUAUGCUAUUCAAAAUGACAAUAUUGAUUUACUUCGAAUAUUAUUAGAAGAUAUAAAAAAGCCUAAACAGAAUCGAGCUCCGUUUCCAGAUGUGACCUUGAAAAAGCAAAGUACAGGAAAAGCAAGUAUUCGUACAUUGGGCUUUCGAACAGCUGCAAUUAUGGCCAGUCGUGGAGCACGUGAAGGCAACAAUGCAUUAAUUAAAGAUACAAACGAAGUAAUCCAUUGUUAUGAAACGAAUGAAAUCAUUGUGUAUGCAAUAAAAAACAAUUGUUCGCGUGAAGUUUAUGAUUUACUUUGUGAAAAUUUUAAUUCUUCCAAUUUCUAUAAUAAUAUCUUCGAAUGUAUUCAAGCUGGCCAUCGAAAAUUUGCUGUUCGCAUUAUCGAUAGUAUGACAGAUAUGAGUUAUUAUGGUUUUAAAAAACUCUUUCAUGAAGUUCUUCGUUUUGAUGAAGAAGAUUUAACUGUCGAUAGCGCUUGUGAUGUUAUUGAAAAAAUAAACAACAAUGCUCAAAUAACACCUAUUCAUUGCGCUGCUAUUAAUCCGAAUCCCAAAUAUUUAAAGCAACUACUGUCAAUUGUACCUGAGCAUAAUAUUAAGGAUAAGUAUGAACGACGACCAAUUCAUUUCGCGGCAGCUUGUGAAGGACCAGAACCAUUAGAAUAUCUUUUAUCUAGAAAUGCCAAUAUAAAUGAUGUCGAUAAUGGUGGUAAUUCACCAUUGCAUAUAGCUGUAACAAAUGGUCGACCUAUAAAUGCACAAGUAUUAUUACGUGCAGCAAAAGAAAAAUCAGAAUCAAAUGAUACAGAUGAUCAAGCGGUAUAUGAAAAAUUUGGCCUUGCAUCGAUUAAUCAAAUGAACAAAUCGCGAUACUAUCCUCUUCAUUUAGCUGUUUUAAAUAAUCAUUUAGACUGUGUAAAAGUACUCUUGGAAUUCGGUGCGCGUAUUGAUGGGUUUACAACCAUAUCUACUGAAAAGUUAACGCCAUUGAUGUUGGCAUGUCAAAAGGGAUUUUUGCCCAUUGUGCUUCAUCUGGUUGAACAAGGAGCUAAAGUCGAAGCACGUGAUCGGUUUAAACGUACACCAUUAAUUCAUGCUUGUAUGUAUGGAAAUGCACAUAUUGUGUCACAUUUACUUCGCAUAGGAGCCAAUGCAAAUGUUUUCGAUUCAUCUUCAAACACGGCUUUACAUUAUGCUAUUGCAUACGGAUGGUAUUUCUGUGUUCGAUUGUUAAUUGAAGCAGGAGCAAAUAUAAAUUGUGUCAAUUGUUGGCAAACAACAUGUCUCGGCGUAGGUUUCUCUAAAGGACAUUAUGGAAUUUGUGAUUAUCUUCUGACAGAACAUCGAGCAGAUGUUAAUUUUAAAACUGACGAUGGUUUAACAUUAGUCAUGAUUACUGCUGAUUUAGAAAUUUCAGCAUCAGCUGUACAACAAUUAGAAUAUGUUGUUGUAAAACAUAGAGCUGAUUGUACAUGCGUUGAUAUCAAUGGAAGAAAUGCUUUUCAUUAUUUAGCAUUGAAUCAAAGUGAACAAACAUCAAGUAGUUCAAAUCAAAAAGAGCAGCAAAAUUUGAAAAAAAAUUACUUUCGAAUGGCACAAAUUUUACUUGAUCAUAAUUGUAAUCCUCUUCAAAUGGAUAAUAAAGCUCAAACUUCAUUGAUGCUUGCACUUGAAUCUAAAAAUUUUAUUCUCGUUGAUUUUUUCAUUAACGAAGCUAAACUGGAAUUGAAUUCAGAUGUUAAUCGUGAUGGAAAAACGUUAUUACAUUAUUUUGCUAUUAAUUGUGACAAUGACGAACUUAUUCAAACAUUGAUUAGUUUGCCUGUUACUGACGAAUUUAGAAAAAUGAGUAAAAUGCUUGAUAAUCAAGGUCGAACACCAUUUCAUUAUUGUAUUUCACGGUAUGAUGAAUUUUGUAAAGGAAAUCGAUCGUAUGGAGUAGUUGCUGUACAACAGCAAUAUAAUUCGAUCGUUAACAUGAUUCGAUAUUGUCUUGAAACGAUCGACAGUGAUCCCGAUUUUGAAAUAAAAUCAAUCGAGGACAAAACUAUGCCGCCUUCGCAGACAACAGACGAUGAAUCUAAUGAGAAUGUUACCGUAACUGCAGAGGCUUUUGAAAAUAUUGAAGAAACGAGUAUUUUCUAUCUUUUACGUACUUUUGAUGAAAAGUUUGAACAUCCAUUAGAAAUUUUCUUAAAGAAAACGAAAAAUGUCAAUGUUCCGCAUCAUGAGACGCGACGAACGCCAUUGUUAGAAGCAAUUCAUCUUAGAGAAUAUAAAACAGUGAGUAUGCUUAUGGGUCACUCAUCGUGUGAUAUCAAUUUAGCUACAUCAACAAAUCCAUCGGAAGGUCAGCAAACUCCAUUGAUUCUCGCUUGUAAACUUCAAUUCUUGCCAAUUGUACGCGAUUUAUUAAACCAUUCUAAAUGUGAUCUUCUUGCUUAUGAUAAUCAACACAAUCAAGCCUUACAUUAUUAUCUGGCUGUUUCAAUACGUUCUGAUGAAUAUUUAGAAAUCUUUCAUUUAUUUAUUGAAAAAUUGAAAUUAAUUGGUAACGAUACACUGAGCAGUCCAGGCAAAUCAAGUCGUACGCCAUUGCAUAUUGCUGUUUAUCAUAAUUUAGGUACAGUCGAUACUGUUAAUGAUAUUGAACAAACAUUGAUUGAUAAUGAAUGUAGUUUAUUAAUGAAAGAUAAUCUUGGAAAUCUCCCAUUGCACAAUGUCUUUUUAGUCAAUAGGAGUGGAGGUGAUCCUGUAGAAUUGUGUCUUUUAAUCGUUCAAGCAAUGAAAUACAAUUCAUUAGAUACGAAAAAUAACGAAGGAAAUACUCCAUUACAUCUCGCUGUUAUAAAAGCGUCGACUGUUUGUGUAAUGCUUUUAUUAAAACAUCAUGCGAGUUUAUUAAUCGAAAAUAAUCUAUCCAAUUCUGUUAUUACUAGUUGUAUUGUAUCGAAUCAUUUGAAUCUUCUGAUUACAUUUCUUCAUCAACCAGUCGAUAUCGAUUUGAGUAGAUUAUAUACGAAAUCAGGUGGCAAUGCAUCGAUUGAAUUGUCGAAAACACCAGAGGAUAACGAAGGCUGGAUAUGGAAAUUUGCAAUCAUUUCGACGACUAAACCUGAUGAACAAUAUUCAUUGAUUCAUUUAAUAAUUCAACGUAAUUGGCAAGGAGCAUUAUCCUUAAUUCUCGAUGAACUUGAUCGCUUUCAUCUGAGAUAUAUUCAAGUGUUUGAAGCAGCUAUUUUCAAUGGUAGACUUAAUCUUGUCCUUCGUCUUACAUCAAGUGUAAAAAAUCGAACUGCUUUAGGCGAAAAAAAUUCUCAUGGCCGAAAUUUAUUUCAUAUAAUAGCCAAUAUUGAACAACACGAUAUGCAAUUUCUAGAGAAAUUUUUAAAUUAUCUUCAUAUUAAUCAUGUCGAUUGGAAUGUGCCCGAUAAAUAUGGAUCAUAUCCAUUGCACUAUGCUUGUGCAAUACAAAACAUACCAUUGAUUAAUUUCUUACAAAAGAAAUAUUCAAAUGAAUUGGAUUUUAAUCAAACGGAUUCAUUUGGUAAUACAGCUUAUAGUUUAUUAUUUUGGUUUUCAGCUACGAAAAGUUCAAUUGACAAGCAAUUCCUUCAAAACUUAAUUCCUUCUGGCAAAUCACUCGAUUGCUUAUGUAAUUAUGACAAUGAAAAAGCAAUGAAUCCUCUAUCGUUUGGCCGUAUCAAUUCAUCAUCGGGAAAUAUUAGUCUAUAUCCACCUGUGACAUCUGAACAUAGUUCGGCCAAGGUGCGAUCGUCACCUUUGAUAAAUGCUAUUGUUCAUAAUCAUUUUGAAUUGGCGAAAUUUUUACUUGAACUUGGUGCGGAUGUAAACUUUCCCGAUGAAGAAAAACGAACACCAUUGAUGCAUGCUGUUCGUCAGAACAACAUUCAUAUGGUCAAGCUACUUCUUAAUAGACUUUAUAUACUCACAGAUGAUAAUCAAUGGCAAAAAGAUACACAUCUUAUGCGGUCAAGGAAAAACGUAAAAGAACCGAAAUCAAAAGGAUUCUUUCUCGGCGUUACAACUGCUUCAACAUGCGAUCAUGACGAUUCUGAUGAUGAUAUUUCUGACGAUACUGAAACUCUAAAUAUAUCUAAUACGUUCACUGUGACAUCGAUGAUUGACAUUAAUGCUAGUGAUGCACUCGGUUACACAUGUAUUCAUCAUCUAGUUCAACCAUUUCCUGGUGGUUCUUAUAUGAAUAACAUCAAAUUAUUGGAAUUACUUCAUUGCUCCGGUGCGUCAUUAACGCAAUAUGAUUUAGCUGGUCUAUCACCAUUGCACUAUAGUGCUAUCAAUGGUUGCCGACAUUUAUUUGAUAAAUUAACAGAAUUAAUGAGUAAACAGCAAGCAGAUUUACCUCAAGUAGAAAUUGAACGUUUUUAUGUCAAUGAUCCAAAUAGGAAACUUCUCGGCAUACCAGAUUAUUAUUCCGGUGCUCAAGAAUUCAUCGAUCAAUACGUUUCCACUCAUGCGUCAACAGAUCUUCGCACUGCUUAUCAAGUCGAUCCAUUAUCUGAUAUGGUUCAAACAGGAGAAAUAGUAAUGGAUACAGAAAAGAACGAACCUUAUGAUGUUCGUUUGACUAUAACUGAUGUAGAUUAUGGUCUCAUUGGUUUGUAUAAUUUUUAUCGAAUGCAAAUUAUUAAACAUAAAAGUAAAACAAAUCUUUAUCUUCUAUUUACACGUUGGGGACGAAUCGGAGAUGGCGAUGGACAACAUCAAUUGACACCUUUUUCAUCAUUAGAUGAAUGUGCGAAAGAAUUUUGUAAAGUUUUUCGUCAAAAAACUGGUAACUCGUGGGAAAAUACUGAUCAAUUUCAAAAUAAACCGAAGAAAUAUACAUUAAUCAAAUUAAAUGAACGUCGAAUGCACAAAUAUACGAAUGUUCCAAUUGAUUUUCAACAAUUACAAGAUGAUAAUCAACAUCCACCAUCAAAAUUGCAAUCAUCGGUUUAUAAAAAUUUCUUCAAGACGUUUCUUAAUCCUCAAGCUAUUCGAACAAAUCUACAAAACACUCAACUAGAUGUCGAAUGGAUGCCUAUUUCUCAGCUAAGACCUGAAACUCUACAAAAAGCACGUGAUAUACUGGUACAAUUAAAGACAGAUAUUGAACAAAAAGAAAAACUUAAAUUGGCAAUUCAACAAGUCCAAUGUACUGAAAAAAACGAAAACGUCGAGUCAAAAACUCACGAAUCCAAUAAUGAUGUUCAAAAAAGUGAAUUCAAAUGUCUUCUCGAUUCUAUUUGUAAGCUGACUAAUGAAUAUUAUACUAUGAUACCCUUGCAAGGUUACGGCAACGAAAGACUACCUAUGAUUGAUAGUGAACAAGCUGUAAAAGAACAAGAACAAAAACUUGAUGAUCUAGUUGAAUUAGAAUUAUCCUGUAAGAUUCUUUUGGCGGCUCAGGCUAAUUUAAAUCAAAUAUCACCAUUAGACUAUCUAUACAAAUCAAUCAAUUGUCAAUUUGAAGCGAUGAACGCAAAUGAUAUUGAUUCACAAUUAAUAUUACGCUAUAUUUGGACCAGUGCAUCGCAUAUUAAUGUAGAACAAAUAUUUAAAGUAGCUCGGCCUAAUGAUGAUGAACAUUUGUUUCAACAGAAUCUUGAGAAUCAUUAUUUGUUAUGGCAUGGAACUAACAUUUGCAAUUUGAUUAGUAUACUUACACGAGGACUCUUAGUCGGACCUUUGUGUGCCACAGCUACUGGAAGUUUAUUUGGCAAGGGAAUCUAUACAGCUGAUGCUUUUGCAAAGAGUCUUGGGUAUUGUUCGGGUGUUAGACAAGAUAAUAAUGAGCGUUGUUUUAUGCUCCUUUGUGAAGUGGCAUUAGGUAAUUCGCAAGAAGCAGAUAACGACAGUGUAUAUUUAAAUCAGUCAUUGGAUUUUAAAAUACACCAAAGUCGCAAAGCUAAUGGUCGUAAAAUACCGGAUCCUCAAUACACUGUCACUCGAAAAAAUGGUGUUCAAAUGCCAUUAGGUCCAUUGAUUAACUGUACAAAUCCGAAACAUGGUUAUCAUGGAUGUGAAUACAAUGAGUAUAUUGUCUUUGAUGAAUCACAAAUAGCACUUCGUUAUCUUGUUCAAUUUCGGCGAUAA